UCGCAAAAUGGUCACGGCAUUGUAGUGGAAUCUGGAAAGAUGGUAGAGGUAACUGUGUCCAACUUUAUCAACGGCAAGUAUGAGGCGACAUCGACUUAUAUCGACAGCUAUGACCCGUCCACUGGCGAAGUGUGGGCAAAAAUUCCGGACAGUGGUCAAACCGAAGUUGACUUGGCCGUAAAAGCUGCAACACAGGCGUUUGAUGGCUGGUCAUCUACGCCCCCGGCCCAACGCUCAAAAAUCCUAAACCGCAUUGCUGAUAUAUUGGAGCGUCGUCUUGAUGAAUUUGCCGAACUCGAGUCACGUGACCAGGGCAAGCCGGUUUGGCUCUCCAAGGCAGUGGAUAUUCCCCGAGCAGUUUACAACUUUAGAUUCUUUGCAUCCAGCAUUUUGUAUGAAGUUACCACGUCAUCUCAGAUGGAAAGUGCUAAUGCCUUCAAUUACACAGUCACAAAGCCAGUGGGGGUGGCAGGGCUCAUCACCCCCUGGAAUCUGCCCUUGUACCUCCUGACAUUCAAGGUUGCUCCGGCAAUAGCAUUUGGCAACACGUGCGUCGUUAAACCGAGUGAAAUGACGUCAGUGUCGGCAUUCAAGCUGUGUGAAAUCUUCAAUGAAGCAGGUCUUCCGGCGGGUGUGGUCAACAUGGUGUUUGGAGUGGGUCCGCGGGCGGGGGAAGCCUUGGUCAAACACCCCAAUGUUCCCCUCAUUUCAUUCACUGGAGGCACCGUCACUGCCGAGAAACUUCGCAUCGCUGCAGCGCCGUUCUGUAAAAAGUUCUCACUCGAGCUGGGAGGGAAAAACCCUGCCGUUAUAUUUAGUGACGUUGAUCUGGAGUCAUGCGUUCAAAGCGUUGUAAGGUCAUCGUUUUCAAACCAGGGAGAAAUCUGUCUGUGUACAAGUCGAGUCUUCGUUCAGAGGGAACUGUAUCCCAAGUUCUUGGAGCGGUUCAUUCAGGAAGUGGAAAAGCUGAAGGUUGGUGACCCGACAGAUAAAGACACGUUUGUUGGGGCGUUGAUCAGCCGGGAACAUCUGGAGAAAGUGAAGCGGUACGUCAGCAUUGCAGUUGAGGAGGGCGCCACCUGUCACCACGCCAAAGCGGAACUAGUGCUGCCGGAGAAAAAUAAAAAUGGAUACUACAUGCAACCGGUCAUUGUAACAGGGGUCACAGAUGAAUCACGACUUAUGCAGGAAGAAAUAUUCGGACCGGUCACCUGUGUAGUUCCAUUUGACACGGAGGAAGAAGUAAUAAAACGAGCAAACGGUGUGAAAUUUGGGUUAUGUGCAGUGUUGUGGACCAAAGAUGUUAACCGGCUUCACAGAGUAGCUAAGAAGUUGGAGGUGGGAACUGUAUGGAUCAACUGCUGGCUGGUCAGGGACCUAAACAUGCCUUUCGGAGGAAUCAAGGAUUCUGGGAUUGGCCUGGAAGGAGCCAAAGACUCCUUGGAUUUCUUCACCAACAAGAAGACCAUCUGCGUCAAACUGUGGGACUGAGUUAUCUCCCUUGUCAAAGAUUUCAACUUUUGUAAUUAAAUUGGGACCGAGUUAUCUCCCUUGUCAAAUAUUUCAACUUUUGUAGUUUACUUGAAUAUUUUGAUUCAAGUCAACUAUUGUUUAAUCUCCUUUUAAUUGAGAUUCAUACUCACUGUUAUAAUGGCAUGUUUUUAAAUGAAGUUACCUCAAAUUUACAAUGUACAAGGGUCGAAAUAUUGCCAUUUUGAACGUUUUUUGCAGUCAACAUCACACGGACUGGAAGAUUGUUUCGCCUGUUGGACCGGAAAUUAUUUUAUGUUUAUACUCACAUAUUAGUUUGAAUCAACCAGGUAUGGUCCUGUAGGUCUUGAUUCAGGCCGGCAGAACUUGUGGCUAAUAUACGGCAGGAAUUUCAGUCAAAAUUUCAACUCCAGAUACAUAUAACAUUUGUCAUAACUAUCAAAUAUAUGCAGGGAACAUUUGGUUUAGUAUCGUGUCACAUUUUGCUACACACGGUUCAUUAAAGAGACAUACCCUAGUUUUUAAACACUUAAGGCAUAUUUUGUAUUAUUAGAGCCAUUCGUGAUAACUGAAAUCAUACUUAAACUUAGAUUUUAUUGUUUAGAUUAUCCAUUUCCAUACA